CCUGACACCUUGAACUAUUGUAGAGAUAUCAGAGCCCUGUAUUCUCCUCGUCGUAUGAUAACGAAGUGAAACAUGUCAUACGUUUAUGACUGUUAUCGGUACUUGCUAUAGAUACGGGGUGUUAUCUUGACGAAAGUAAAUACUACAACGAAAUGAUAUAACAUCACCUCAUGUUUGGGCAAUAGUUUGUAGUGUGUUUGUAUAUAUACAGGCUGUGAUGGACGCUAAGUUUGUAUAUUUCAAUGUUUUAUUUGUUUGUAUAGUGCUUCUAUGGCAUUGCAGCGUGGAAGCCGAUCAUGUGAGUUGCUCUCCCCGAUAUUUCGGACAUGGCUCCGUCGUGUGCGUCUGUAAUGCUACGUACUGCGAUACAGUGGAACCAAACACCCGACUUCCACGACAGACGUUUGCCCGCUACCAGUCGACUCAAGCCGGGGACCGCUUCAAAAAAUCAACAGGGAAAUUUGAUCCGAUGCACAUAGAAAAAAUUGUGUUGUACGUUUUCCGGACAAACCAGACGAGGUACCAGAACAUCAAAGGCUUUGGAGGGGCUUUCACUGACGCCGCUGGGAUCAACAUUGACAGUCUGUCGACAAAAGCGCAGGACAAUCUUCUCCGAUCUUAUUUUCAUUCCAGCGGUAUUGAGUACAAUGUCGCUAGAGUACCAAUGGCGAGCUGUGAUUUCUCCACGCGAGAAUACUCCUAUGACGACACGGCAAACGAUUUCAACUUGACCAAGUUUUCUCUAGCACCAGAAGAUCUCAAAUACAAGAUCCCGUUCCUGCAGAAAGCCCUGUCCCUGGGACGGCCGGUCCGCGUGUUUGGCAGCCCGUGGAGCGCCCCUGCGUGGAUGAAAACUGACCAGUCCAUGACAGGGAAAGGGUCGCUCAUUGGUGAACCUGGUGGAAAAUACUUCAAAACGUGGGCCCUGUAUUUUGCAAAAUUUAUUGAAGCGUAUGCGAGUCACAACAUUUCCAUUUGGGGAUUGACAGCACAGAACGAACCAUCAGAUGGGAGGAUAAAGAAUUUUACCUUCCAAGCCAUGGGCUGGACCGCCGAGCAACAAAGAGACUUUAUCAUAAAAGAUCUUGGCCCCUUAUUGGAGGAACGAGGUCACGGUAGUGUGGAUCUGAUGAUAUUGGACGGACAGCGAGCCCUGAUGCCUUACUGGACCUUUGUGGUCCUGUCUGACCCGGCUGCACAGAAGUACGUAUCCGGUAUCGCCGUUCAUUGGUACACAGAUCGGUUGGUACCGCCGUCAUUCCUUGAUGACACACACGGUCAGUUUCCAGAACAGUAUAUAUUCGGAACCGAGGCGUGUGUGGACGGGAUUCCCGGAUCUCCAUUAAAGGCGGUCCGACUCGGAGACUGGUCCCGAGCGGAAAGCUACGCCAGGGAUAUACUUGAGGACCUUGGACACUGGGUGACAGGAUGGACGGAUUGGAAUAUAGCCCUAAACAUGGAAGGCGGUCCUAACUGGGUCAGAAAUUUUGUCGACAGUCCGAUUAUUGUGAACGCGGAAACUGAUGAAUUCUAUAAACAACCAAUGUUUUAUGCCCUUGGACACUUUAGUAAAUUCCUUCCCCCCGGCUCUACCAGAAUAUCUCUCUCUGUGUAUGGUUCUACCGCACUGAAGUGUGAGGGAUUUCUUCUACAGGAUAACUCCGUCGUCAUCAUACUGCUAAACAUGUCCGACGAUGACGUAACGUUAAGCGUCUUUGACGCCGAGAUUGGCUCUAUAAACGGUAAUGUUGUUCCCGCCCAUUCCAUACAAACGGUCAUCUACUGGAUAUCAUAGCCGAGUGCCUCGCAUCCAUUUAACAUUCCAAAUCAUCUUUAUCUCAUAAAUGUAUUAUUUGAUAAAAAAAACACCCAAAAAAACGGAGUUUGUGUAUUAUGCUUAUAUAAAUUACAACGUUUGGCAUACUUUCAUAUAAUUCAAAUAAAAGGGCAUUGCCACAUGUAUUUAUUUACACUACAAUUUUGAUUUUGAUGAACUCUCUUCACCCAUGUUUAUGUGUAUCAAGGAAAUUAUGCACAUGAACUUAUUUAUGUAACGAAUCAUUAAAAUUCCAUAAUCUUAGAUCUGCAUAUUAUAUGCCAGGCUAUUCCGCUUCUUAAUGAAAAUAUACUUUCUUAUUCAAGAAAUUAAUAAGUCCUGUUUUGCUGGAUAUGCUUUACUUAAAAUAACAGAAGCUCCUUGCGUAAAUCCAUUAAGGGAUUGGUUUAAAGAGGAGCACACAACAUUUUGAGAGGUAUUUUCUACCAGAUCAAAAUCCUUCAUUCUUUAUAGUAAUAUAAAAGACAAAAGACCACUCUUUAAAAGUUACUUGCAUUUUUUAAUAUUUGAUAAAUCAGAAAUAGACAUUGUAAGCCUGUGUUAACUUUUGAAGCUACUACAUAAACAAUUAUUAGUAGGAAUUAAUUAUUUUUUCAUUUUUACUGAUGUUUUUAAGGCACACAUACUUGCUUAAAGACCAUCGGUCUAGAUCGAGCAGAUGACGAUAAGUAUUAUAGAAACAAUACGAGGUGUUUACCUAUAAUAACGAAACAUUUCUCUAAUAAGAUGUUACAUAGGUACAUUCUAGCCAUGCGGACAUUUUCGUCACAUAAACUGUGAACCCACGACCAAACAUAAACUGUUCAACAUUUUAAUGGAAAAUAAAAAAGGAGAUUUCAUUUGAACUACUCAUUUCAUGGUAGUCCCUUGGCCUGCUAUCAAACCAGUUUCCCCUUUUUUAUGCUUCCGUCUAUUACAGUGUAUGAUGUCACAUCAUGUGGCGUCCUGCUUGCUAACUGGUUUGGCGUCAACACAGUGUAAUAUUUUAUUCAGAGAAUAACUUCCAGUUUUUACCUGCGGUCUCCAAAUUCUCUGAACGUUUAUAUUCUGGUAAGACAGACUUGCGUUUUGUGACCGAGUCUCGUGACUAACGCUCAUUUUUUGCAACCUUUGUCCGGAUCACUUGAUGUUUUUGUCAUUUCAAUUACUUUUCAAUAGAUCUGUCCAUUCAUUUGGCUAUCUGUCCAUGUUACUGUUGUAACUGGUAAUAUUAAUAUAUUGAGAUAGUUGACAAUUUUGUUUGGCCAGUUAUUGCUCAUCAUUUCGGUCCAUACAGCUAAUUCUGUGAAAGAGUACAUGGAACAAAAUCAACUUCAUGGUACCGUAUGGAAUGGCCGACACACAGUCAAGAUUUAAAUAUAAUUGAAAAUAUGUGGCGUAAAAUUAAACUUGAACUGCAAAAAGUGACACAUAACAUCACCACGAAGGCUCAGAUGGAGACAGCAUUUCGGAACAUAUGGACAAAUAUACCCCUAGAAACAAAGCCAGAAACAUGUGAAUUUAGAAGUGAUUCAUUAAAUGUUG